UGGUAGCGUCAAUCUAACACUGUUUCGCUAUUUUCACGUGUACAUGUGAAUCUUCUUCUUCUUCUUCUUCUUCUUCUUCGAUACCAUCUCCUCCCCCCCAUGUCUUUACAAUUCCAAUUUCUCCUAUAAAAUCCAAUUCAUAUAUCCGAUCAACUUACUUAGAUCUCUAAUUUGCCAUGGAAAUGGCUUCCAGUCCGCGAACCGUGGAGGAGAUCUUCAAAGAUUACUGUUCCAGACGAACUGGCGUUGUUCGUGCUUUAACUUGCGAUGUUGAUGAAUUCUACGGACUCUGUGAUCCAGACAAGGAGAAUCUGUGCCUCUACGGACAUCCGAACGAGUUGUGGGAAGUGACUCUACCAGCGGAGGAAGUUCCACCAGAGCUUCCAGAGCCGGCUCUUGGGAUUAAUUUUGCAAGAGAUGGAAUGAACCGCAAGGAUUGGCUAUCCCUUGUUGCGGUGCAUACUGAUUCGUGGUUGCUUUCUGUGGCUUUCUAUCUUGGAGCUCGACUUAACCGCAACGAAAGGAAACGUCUAUUUAGCAUGAUCAAUGAUCUGCCCACUGUCUUUGAAGUUGUUACUGAAAGAAAGCCUAUAAAAGAUAAACCCAGUGUGGAUAGUGGUGGCAAGUCUCGGGGCAGCACAAAGAGAUCUAGUGAUGGCCAAGUUAAAAGCAUCCCUAAGCUUGCAGAUGAGAGGUAUGAGGAUGAUGAAGAUGAACAUAGUGAAACCCUAUGUGGGAGCUGUGGUGGAAAUUACAAUGCAGAUGAAUUUUGGAUUUGCUGUGACAUCUGUGAGAGGUGGUUCCAUGGAAAGUGUGUGAAGAUAACACCUGCUAAGGCUGAGAAUAUUAAGCAGUACAAAUGUCCAUCUUGCAGCAUGAAGAGGGGCAGGCAGUAGUACCACUAAACCCAAGUUACAAGUGGAUGGAGGGGUUUGAAGUGUGUUCUUUCGGUGGCUGACAUAGUUUAGAAAGGUCUCUUUCAAAAGUGAAAAGAAUAUGUAAUGAAUUUGUUGUGAUGUUGUUUAUAGCAGAUGCUUUGAAGGGCUUCCCCGUUGAAUGCUUACUUAAAUGUUAAAUUAAAUAUUGUAGAAGCUAGUAUUUUAUGACAAUGCUUGAAUAAUAUUUGGAUGCUUGGCUUCUA